AUGGGGGCAGUGUUGCCUCCUCUGUCUGCCACUAACAACAAUACCAAUGAAGAAGAAAUUCCUGAGGUGUACGCAGUGGGAACAGUUACAUGUUCUGUCGUGCUGCCAUUUAAAGCUGAAGUCAGCAACCCUGAGGAUGUGACAGUGGAGUGGAAACACAAAGACAAGAAAGUCCACGAGUAUCAGAGAGGACAAAACCAGUCUCACAUACAAGGACGCUCAGAGAUGAAGACAGAGCAAAUAAAUACUGGAGACCUCAGUCUGACCCUGAAACACCUCCAACUUACUGACAGUGGAGUCUACACCUGCACCGUCUGCAACAAGGAUGGACUCAUGCUGCUACAGGAAGUAUUCAGUCUCAGAGUCGAAAGGUUCAGUCUCUUCAAUCCUUCUACGUGGCACAAGAAGAAGUAUCCACAGGACGGUCCAAAGACUUCAGGAGGAGACGUGUGAUGAAGUCAGCAGUAUCUCUACAUUCAGAGAGAAAUCUGUGACCAACCAACACGUACAUUCCUCUGAAUAGAUGAAGUAACUGGGUCUGUAUUAUCUGCCAUUUAUUUCUCAUCAUCCUCUGAGAUUGUAAUUCCUAAUAUGUGACUGUAUGUGUGACUGAGAUAUUUCAUAUUUCUGUAUCAGUGAUGUUUUUAAAGCAUGAAUUUCACACUGAUUUAAAUGAAGGUUUCAAUCAGAGCCUCCAGAGAAUCCUCUGAUGAGCCAUCAGGCUGGAAGACUUCAUUUCAGCUUUCUAACAAUAAAGCAGUGUCAUCAGCUAACUGUGAGAUUGUUGUGUGUCUGCCAUCAAAGCUGCUGCCUUUAA